GUUUUUAACUUUUUUAUAAAUUUGUUUACCAAUAUUGUCUAAAAAUGUCUGAUUCAGAAUCUGAAUUAUUUGGGGAACUUAAUACUGAUAUUGCUGAAGAAGAAGAAACCAAAAAUACAAGUAAUCAGUUGGAAGUUCAAAAAUCGAAUGAAUGUAGCACAGAAACGUUAACCACUCAAAACUCUCAUUUUAAGAAAGAUAAUGUUGAAGAAGAAACAAGUUUGGAAGAUCUGGUUUUCGGUAAUAAAAAAACUUUGCUUAACAGAUUUGCAGAGCAAGUAAAUAAAAAACGAAAAAACAAUGAUAGUGAAGAAGGCAACAAACGAAAAGCAGUUUGGCAUGAUUCAGAUGAUGAGGAUAAUAUCAGGGUGGGAGAUGUUCUUGUCGAAAAAAGACAAGGUUCUUUAAAUCAUUUAAACAAAGAUAAAUCUUACAAAAGUCUUUUAACAAAAAGAUUCGAAAGAGUUGUUACCACACCAAAAUGGGCUGAUUUAGAUCGGGAAGAAGAGGUCGAUUCUGAUGAAGAGAUCCUUAAGACAGUUGGUCAUUUAGCACCCUCCACUCACGCAAAUUUACAAAAUCAAUUCAUAAGUUUUAAGAAGCUUAAGGAUCUUAAUCGGGCAACAUAUUCCGAAGGUCCGAUUACGGACAUACAAUUUCAUCCAACAUCAACGGUUGCGAUUGCUAGCGGGGAGAACGGUGUCGCGACUGUGUAUUCAAUUGAUGGUUUGAAAAAUGAUAAAUUGCAUAGUAUGCAAUUCAAAAAUUUUCCAAUAAAAUGUUCAAAGCUACUUGCCAAUGGAAAGGACAUGAUAAUUGGGAGCAUAAGAAAUUUUUGUUAUUGCUAUGAUUUAAUUAAAAUGACUGCAACUAGAAUAUUUUUACCAAAAGUGAUGACAAAGUUAAAAAAUUUCGCAAUUUCACCAGAUAACAAUUUUAUAGUAGCUUCUGGUCGAUUUGGUGAAGUUCAUCUCCUAGAUAUGAAUUCAAAAGAAUUGUUAUAUACAUUUAAGCAAGAAGAUCAAUGUACUUCUCUAGUGUUUUCUAAUGAUUCCAAAAAGAUAUUCUCUCAUUCGACGACAUCCACUAUAACUAUUUUUGAUAUACGUCAGCAAAAAGUAGAUCACAUAUUUUCUGAUGAAGGUUGUAUAAAAGGAAAUUGUGUAGCAAUCAAUCCGAGCAGCAGUUUGGUUGCAACUGGCAGCCAUGAAGGUGUUGUUAAUGUAUAUAAUUACACGGACGUAUUUAAAACUACAAAUCCAAUCCCUCAGAAAGUAAUAUACAAUCUUAGAACUUCAAUUACAGACUUAAAAUUUAAUCAUACCGGUGAAAUUCUGGGUUUAUGCUCUAAUAAAAUUGAUAACGCUGUUAGACUAGUUCAUUUUCCAACAGCAUCGGUUUAUAUGAAUUUUCCUGGUGACCAAAUAAAGUUUGGAAAAGUGCGUAGAUUAGAAUUUUCGCCUAACUCUGGAUUUUUUGCAAUGGGAAAUUUCAAAGGGGAAGUUCCACUCUUGAGAUUGAAACAUUUUAAUAACUAUUAACCAUUUUAAUAUAGAAAGUUUAUAAAAAUUUAUAAAGUUUUAGACAUUGGAAAAAUUUAAUCUUUGCUUAAUUUUUUAAUAAAAUAUAAAAUUUAUAAGUUUAA